ACCAUGAAAGAGAUUUUAGCAUACAUUAAUACAAAUAUAGAAUGUGGUUAAAUUUUUUAAAACAAUACUAAAUAUUAUAGGUUUCAGUAUAUAAAGCAUUUUCCAAAAACUCAAUAUAUUCAUAGGGGGUUGGUUAACACAUAGAUUUUGAGAAAAUUUUAAAAAAUAUGACAAUGUUGUUUUAAUGCAUAGUUGCAUCAUUCACUAACAUAUGAUGAUGUUCGAAUAUGUUUGGAGCCUUCGUUGUCUCCGCUUUUCAAGAAAUUAACGAUUUUAUAGUGGUUAUUCCACUGAUUUAGCGAGUAUUAUAAAAGUUUACUAAAUUAAUUGAUAAAAGAAAAUUUAACGAUUCUCAUGUACCACGAAAGAGAGUUUAACAUAUAUUAAUACAAAUGUAGAAUAUGGUUAGAAAUUUUAAAACAACAUUAAAAAGUAUAAGCUUCAGUAUAUAGAACGUUUAACGUAAAACUCAACAUACUGAUGAACUUCAAAAAAUUCAAAAAAAUAUAUGUAAUAAUAUAUGAUGAUGUUUAAAGAAGUUUGGAACUUUUGUUGUCUCCAUUUCUUUAGAGAAUAGCGAUUUUAUAAUGUUAGUCCGAUAAUUUAGGGAGUAUAUUAAUUUAUAAAAAGAAAAUUUGAACGAUGCUUAUGUACCAUAUAAGAGAGUUUAGCAUACAUUAAUACAAAUGUAGAAUGUGGUUAAAAAUUUUAAACAACACUAAAGAUUAUAGACUUUGGUAUAUAAUGCCAACAUGUACUAAGCAAAAAAAUGAAGUUGCUAAAUAUGCGUCUAUCUCAGCGUAUUAAUAUUACAUCAAACAUUCUUUUUUAGGGUUUGAACACGAGGGACAUAGUCAAUUAAAGCAUUAAGCUUCACAUAACUCAUUUGAUUUUCAAGGAAAAAGGUUUCUUUUUUUUCAGAGGAUAUCAAGAUUGUCACAAACACGUAUGUAGUUAAGUUUCUCGACUGGUAGUAAGAGAUGCAUUCUGUCUUUACUUCCUGAAAGUCCCUGUUGGCGACUCAGUCUAAAAUAAUUUAGUUUAAAUUUCAAGUCAGCGCUUCUUGUUCGACCCAUCAUGAGAAGUAUGACCAUAAAUAAAGCCAACACCAACCACAUCGAGCUUUUGUGGUAUAAUCUAUUUCUUUUGUUGAAAAAAAACAAAAAUACUAUUUUGUGAAGGCAUAACUUGCUAAUGGCCUAUAAAUUUUCGUGUCUAUUCUAUUUAACCGUGGAACCCGAUUCAUCAGUAGCUUUGUCGUCUCUUAAAGUCUCUUUUCAUUUCUUUUACUUGAGUGGCAAAUAGAUUCCUGGCUCUUUCAAAAUUACAAGAUACGCGUCAAGAAAUCUAAAUGGAAAAAGCUUUUCUAUAAGGGAACACCCAAUAAUUUAUGAAAACGAGUCCUUAUUCUGGCAUCUCUAUAUAAAAGAGAUUCUAUAUGUUGAAAGUUGAAACUUUUCACACUAAACAAAAAAUUCAUUCCGCGACAUCCAAUAAAAUGAAAAGAAUAUAGUUAAUUCUUCAAAUGAUUAAAAUCAUUAGAUGUAGGUUAAAAUGUUAUGUUAAGCAUCAACAGUAAUUUAUUUUACAUAAUCCCGAAAAUGUGCUAGUUAAAGGAAAAUAAGAAACUAAAGAAAGCUUCAGGCUCUCACAAAUCAUAAAUACACUGGCUAUCUAUAUAUAUGUUGCAUGUUGUAUUGCUGUUUCACAUCAAUAUAUGAUUGAUUAUACGAAUUACACUUAACUAAAGAAAUGUAAUUCAUUGAAUGGACGAAGCUUCUUAAUGCCACGUGGAACUCAGGGAUGAACCAGUUGCUGACAUCACUAUAACCCAUCCCUUCGUCGCUGCUUCAAAGCUCUUUUUUUACGCUAUAAUAAUAAACUCACUGUCUUCUUCUCUAACCAAACAACAAACUCAGGAACACAAAAGCAAAACAUGAGAAGAUCUGAUCACGCUUUCUCCGGCGUUUUACCGGUUGUUUUCUUGUGUAUAUUAUCAGCUGCGGAGCUAGUAGCGGGUCAAGGACAGCCCGACCAGAGAAAUGAAGUGUACAGCUACGGCAAGAUAAGUCCAGCCAUGGCAGUGAUCGUCGUGAUCCUCAUCGCUGCUCUCUUCUUCAUGGGCUUCUUCUCCAUCUACUUCCGCCACUACUCCGCCCUACCCGACGCCGCCGUUUCCCCAGCCGGCGGAGCUAGACCCAGAGGAGUCUUCAACGCGGCGGUGGCACGUGGACUCGACGUCUCCGUAGUGGAGACUUUCCCGACGUUCGUGUACUCCGAGGUGAAGACGCAGAAGCUGGGGAAAGGUCAGUUGGAGUGUGCCAUUUGUCUGAACGAGUUCGAAGACGACGAAACGCUGCGUUUGGUUCCCAAAUGCGAUCACGUGUUUCACCCUCACUGCAUCGGUGCAUGGCUCGAGGCUCACGUGACUUGUCCGGUUUGCAGAGCGAAUCUCGCUGAGCAAGUGGCUAAAGACGAAUCGGUCGAACCGGAUGUUGAGUUACAGCAGGUGGUGUUGAAUCCCGAACCGGUGGUUAUUGCUCCGGUACAGGAACAAUCGGUUACGAGUGAGAUUGAUUCGAGGAGAUUGCCUGGAGUACCGGUGGAUCUUAAACGAGCCAAGUUCUCGAGAUCGCAUACCACGGGACAUUUGGUGGUUCAACCUGGAGAGUGUACCGAACGGUUUACUCUCCGGUUACCGGAAGAUGCGAGGAAGAGGAUGAUGGCGAAUUGGAAGCUAAGCCGGUCGAAUAGUCUUCUUGUUCUAUCUAGAGGAGGGAGCUCGAGGAGAGGUAAACCGAUCGACCGGUCAAGGGCUCGGUCUGAUCGAUGGUUAUACCGUAAAACGUCCUCGUUUCUGUGGAGGAGUCGAGAUGAUGGUUCGAUUAAGCUAGGUGGAACCGGCAGCGUUCGAGCCAAUGCUGUACCGAAUUCAACCGGUGAUUCGGUACGAUCAGACCGGUGGGCUAUUCUUAGAAACGCGUCGUUUUUAUGGAGGAACUCCUCGGUACAGGGAAGGAAGGACAAGGAAGGAACUUCGGUUAAACCGCCCGGUACAGGUGGCUCAACUAGCGGUUCGGAUAGAUUACCGGUUUAAUUGACUUUUAUUUGUAGACGGAAGUACUAUUUUCACAUCUUUUCCAUUUUGUGUGUUGUAUGGAAAUUGUAAAUAAAAAACGAAGUACAUUUCCCUAAAUUUUAUUUGAAUUAAAUUUCUGUAA